AUUCUUAACGCGAAGCACUCGCGCAAUCGGAGUGGAGUAGCGCAUAGCGAAAUGAAGUAUUUUAUCACGAAUGGAGCUUACGUAGAGCUUCAUUCUUGUCGUUGGACAUCGCUCCGCUGCAGCGUUUUGAGAAUGACGAUGGCGGGGCAGCCGAGGCCGUCAUGGUGGGGUUGCAUCAUCCCAAAUCCAAGGUAGAUCUUUGUAGCACAACAAUAGUUGAGAUAGCAAGCUGUCAUGCUGUCAAAUGAGCGGGGUGAAUUACCACGUUCGAUAUCGCCAUGAAGAAAGUUCGGUCCGAGAUAGGCCGCUUCGAGCAGCGCCGUUGGUGGAUCUGGGCCAGCACGUAAUAAAAGGUUACCAAAUGCCGCUGCGCUCAAGAUAACAUUAACCGGCAGCUCUUUCGUCUUGACCCCUCCAUCCUACCUGGACACUCAAUCCUCUCCUCGUCACCUUCACAAAUCGCAUAUUCGCCAUGUCGCAACGAGCAGCACUUCUUAUUGGCAAGCUGUCACACGCUCAAAAGGAAUGGCAGCAGUGUUCACAAGUAGCAUCGAAGCUGCACGAGUACCCCGAUGGUAACCGAGAAGACUUCAUUUCAAAGUGCAAGAGCGGCGAAUUUGACGGCAUCUAUGCUCUCUACCGAAGCAACGACUCGAAUCCGAUUACGGGAGAUUUCAACGCGGAACUGCUCGACGCUCUACCCAAGAGCCUGAAGUAUGUUUGCCACAACGGAGCGGGAUACAACAACAUCGAUAUCGCAGCAUGCACAAAGAGGGGAAUAUCGGUCUCGAGCACGCCGAUAGCAGUCAACGACGCGACUGCAGACGUUGCCAUAUGGCUUAUGCUAGGCGCGCUGCGGAAUAUCAAGCAAGCAUACAUGGCAGUCAACAACGGCAAAUGGCGCGGUAACUUCUCUCUCGGUCACGACCCCAAGAACAAGACACUCGGUAUCCUAGGCAUGGGUGGCAUCGGCUCGGCAGUCGCACAUCGCGCAAAGGCAUUUGGCAUGAAGAUACAAUACCACAACCGCAACCAACUGCCAAGCAACGAGGAGAACGGAGCAAAGUACGUGAGCUUUGAGGAACUGCUGAAAACAUCCGAUGUCCUCAGUUUGAACUUGGCGCUGAACCCGUCCACUACACACAUCAUCGGCAAGGAGCAGUUCAACACAAUGAAGGAUGGAGUGAUAAUCGUAAACACCGCACGAGGCGCUUUGAUCGAUGAGGCAGCUUUAGUGGACGCGCUGAAGAGCGGCAAGGUCUGGACGUGUGGUCUAGAUGUGUUUGAGGAGGAGCCUAAGAUUCACCCGGGGCUACUGGAAUGCGAGAGGGCGGUGUUGCUACCUCAUGUUGGAACUGGUACAUACGAGACACAGCGCGACAUGGAGAUACUGGUCUUGGAUAACUUGAAGUCGGCUAUCCAGAGUGAUAAGCUGCUGACGCAAGUACCCGAACAGAAGGGCAAGGCGAACUUGUGAUUGAUCAUCUGAACGCUUGGCCUUCGAGCUGGAAAGAGCUGUACUCAGUUGGGUAAUGGAGAAACGAAGAAAUUCAAAAUGCGACUAUCCCUUUGCAUCAAAGUGACCUUGACACGAUCAUACCUAGAACACUCCACGUAUUGCUGCUUAUGUGUUCUGGACUUGCUCCAUAUCAGGCCGUAUGUCGGCUUAGGGGACACAAGAUGCAGCAUCGGAGCCGGCGACUUGGCUCGGCAUAUGGAUUGCUUAGUGGCCAGACCAAUGAGAAGCUUGUCGCAAUUUCAAUCGCCUAGCUUCCGUGCAGAGGCAAGAUGUGGAGGAGGAAAACCUGGGGUCGGUAUUUGAAGGGAUAUGGAGAAGAAGGGGAACUGCAAGAGUAAAAUCUGGAGUCGGUCUUUGCAUCGUGAAGAGUGUCGCACGUUCGAGAAAUCAUCGGCUGCUGU